UUUGUUAUUCUAGCCACGACAGACACUCUCUCAGCCACUUGCAGUCAUCAGAUCAGGUCAGAGGGGGAGGAGCUUGUGUCACCUCGCACGCGUUAAAACUUUAAAAGCAUUUAAUGGUGGGAUAGGUCGUGGAGGACAGGUGUCAAUCGUCCGUCAUGUCCCCCGGGAAGCUGAACGGCAGCGCAGCUAUUGGUGGUGUGGUUAAAGAAUGUUUGAUAAAACCACUUUCGGGGCUGGAGACCAUCGCUCCUCUCGUCUGCUCUGUAGAGGAAACUCCUGAGCCCAUCAGCACCACGGUACGAGGCACCGUCCCCUCCUGGAUCAASGGGAACUUCCUUCGUAAUGGUCCGGGGAAGUUUGAGUUUGGAAACACACACUUCAACCACUGGUUUGAYGGGAUGGCCUUGAUGCACCAGUUCAAGAUCCAGAGGGGAGAAGUGACCUACAUGAGUCGGUUCCUGCAGAGCGACGCCUWCAGGAAGAACAGUGAGCAGGACCGCAUCGUCAUGUCGGAGUUUGGUACCCUGGCCAUGCCCGACCCGUGUAAAAACUUCUUCCAGAGAUUUCUCUCACGCUUUGAGAAGAUGGAAAUUACGGACAAUGGAAAUGUGAAUUUUGUGAAAUACAAAGGAGACUACUAUGUCAGCACAGAGACUAACUUCAUGCACAAAGUGGACCCAGACAACCUGGAGACACUGGAAAAGGUUGACUGGAGCAAGUUUGUUGCUGUAAACGGAGCCACUGCCCAUCCACACUAUGACCCAGAUGGCACCACUUACAAUAUGGGCAACUCCUAUGGGAGAAACGGAGCUUUGUACAACAUCAUUAGAGUUUCCCCCGAGAAGACCGAUGCCAACGACACCCUGCAAGGAACUGAAAUCCUCUGUUCUAUCACACCUGCAGACAAGUCCCAUCCAUCCUACUACCACAGCUUUGCCAUGUCUGCAAAUUAUGUGGUCUUCAUUGAGCAGCCGAUUAAGUUGGACCUCCUAAAGAUUAUCACCUGCAAACUAAAAGGACGAGCUUUGAACCAGGGCAUCUACUGGGACUCAAAGCAGGAAACCAUCUUCCAUCUUGUCAACAAGCAUACGAGCGAGGUCAGCCCGGUUAAAUACCACGCCAAAGCGCUCUCCACCUUUCAUCAGAUCAACGCAUUUGAGGAGGAUGGCUUCUUGAUGAUUGACAUGUGCUGCUCAGACUCAGGCCAAGCCAUCAACAACUACCUCAUCCAGAAUUUACGCAAGUCUGGGGAGGCACUAGAUCAAGUGUACAACACUUCAGACAGGCCUUUCCCUCGGCGUUUUGUUCUGCCCCUAAAUGUGACUGAUGAGACCCCAACAGGCCAGAACCUGAACACUCGACCCUGCAGCGAAGCAUCCUGYGUCAAAAUCAGCUCAAACAAGGUGUUCUGCUGCUUCGAAGCCCUCCAUGGAAGGGACCUCUAUGAGCUGGGGGGUCUGGAGUUCCCUCAGAUCAACUACAGCAGAGUUAACACUCAACCGUAUCGUUAUUUCUACGGCUGUGGUUUCAGACACCUGGUGGGAGACUCCCUGCUGAAGAUGGACCUCAAGGAUAAAACGCUUAAAGUCUGGUACCAGAAGGGACUCUACCCGUCAGAGCCAGUGUUUGUGGCGUCGCCUGACGCUGCUGCGGAGGAUGAUGGUGUCAUCCUGUCAGUGGUCCUAACCCCCUUACAGGAUAAAGGAACCUUCCUUCUUGUUUUGGAUGCCAAAACGUUUGAGGAGCUGGGAAGAGCCAACGUUCCCGUUAACAUGCCUUAUGGCUUCCAUGGUGCCUUCACUGCCUCACAAUAAGACCCUGUUCUUCUGAUGUCCCAUGGAGACCACAUGGAUCCAUGUUAAACAAAUAACCUCUGUGUCCUUCAUGCUGCURAAUUUGUUUUGCAUAAACAAUUUAUAAAAAUUGUGUAUUUAGUUUCAGUUCACUGCAACUGAAUGAAUGAUGGAUACUCUCCUAUUUAUCUUCAAUUUGACUGUAAAACCUUUACUUUAAGGACAAAUACUGUGAAGAUGAGGCUGAUUAUGUCACCAAAAUUACUCAUUUAAAAUGUAUUGUUUUAGACUUUUUAUUUUUCCCCUGCUUUACUUUUUUACUUUAUAUCAAUAUCAACACAGACUGUUUUAGCAAUGUGUUUUGCAAAAAUCUAUCAGACAUUUGUAUUUUUAACUAAUUAAAACAUUGUGUUGUCUCAUUUUAA